GCGGUGCAUGUGUGUAUCUCUCUCUCGCUCUCUCCUUUGCGCGGUUGCUGAACCAGCGCCUUUCUCUUGCUGCGGUCGAGCGUCUCUCGACCCGUACUUUGCUCAUUAUGUUUCUCGCGCUCGAACCGUACGGGUCCGCUGUGCAAGAGGCUGUCGGUGCAGACAUUUGCGUGUCCGGGGUGUCGUCGUCUGUGUCUGUCGGCAAACGCACCGCAUUUUUUCUGCUUCCUGCAGUAGCAGUGAGAAACGGCAAGCAAGAAAGCGGGGUCCGAUCAGGCCAAUUGUUGACACAGCAAAAAGGGCAAAAAGUGUAUUGCAAUAGCAAACCCCAUCAGUGUGUACGGCAUCCGCGGAGGUAAAAUUUUCACCUGUACGUGUGUUUGGUUCGCGGGGUGCUUUGUAUGUGUGUUUCUUCUUCUUGCUCACGGGUGAAGAAGGGUGUGACGCGGUGCACAGCGACGGCGGGUGGCUGUGUGUAUAGAUGUGAAAGGCGCGCAUGUGUAUACGUGUGCGGUGAGAAGAAGAGAAAGGGCUUCAAAAUCAUCACUUCUGCCGCUGUGUGUGCUGGUGUGUGUGUGUGUGUACGCGUUGGAUGCUGGCGGAAAAGCUCUCUAGAUGGUGUGUGUUGACCGAAGAAGCAACCAAGCAACCAGGCAAAAUCAAAGUUCUGCUGCUGCUGCAAGCCGUACGAGCAUAAAAAUGCUACGUGUGUGUGCGACGGGGUCAACCUGAAUCCAUCCGAAAUUGGCAAUACAAAUUAAAGGCCGCUUCUUGUUGGUGUGUGGUGAUGUGGUGGAGUUUAGCUAAAUCGUGAAAAUCAUUUCCGGGGAGCUCCAGUGAAAAGCGAUAAUGGAUGAAAAGACGGCAGAAUGUUGAAGUGAGAAGCAGCGCCAUCAUGGAACGACGAACGAGCGUAGCAGGAUGCGUCGAAGGAGCAGCAGCAGUAGGUGUGUAAAUUAUUUUCCCCACGCAAAAUAAGUGCUCUAGUGCUGCAUUGUGCAAAGUGCAAUCGUCAUCGGCUGCAGCACGAGAGAAGCUGACCACAGAAAAAAAGUGGAACAAAAACCGGAAAAUAACAAGUGAGCGCUACACAAAAUAAGGGAGUAAAAAUGGCCACACAUUCUUCUGGUGCAGUGAUGGAGUGGUUGUGUUGUUGUGGAGCGAUUCUAAUCCACAGUAGGCGAGAUGCAGUUUCGACUGACCACCGCCAACAGUGAGAGGAAGAAAGAAGUAGUGAAAUCGCAACAGGAGUAAAAGUAGAGAAUUGUGUGUGAGAGUGUGAUUGAAAACCGGUGCUCUUUUGUGUGUGUGUGUUUUUUCUUUUAUAAAAAUUGUUUAAACAAAAAUGAAGCAAAAGUAUCUAGAAAAGGAGUAACAACAGUGUUUUGAAGCAAAUCGUGUCUUGCAAGGAUUUCCUGUUCUCCGGUGACCGCAGAAAAUAUAGGUCCGGUUUCCGACCUGUGUGUGUGUUUGUGGGUGUUCCCACCCCCCAAACGGUUCUUACGGACCACAUUCCCGAGGUUGGUGUACCAAGGUUCCGAAGGGCCUCAAGAUGGAGUGCCGGGGUUAGUGUCGUGCGCUCUGCGUAGUGUUGCCUUGGGCAACAGAAGCAAUCUAGGCGAGUAGUAAUCGCAGUAGACGUGUGUGACACGGAGUGAAGAACAAAGAAUUGUUCAGCCAGCAGCAGCCGUGAAACCAACCCCCACCGGGACAGGGACCGUACGGCACACCCCGUUCCUGAGCAAGUAGGCUGUAGAGUAGGUGGCCGAGACACGGUGUGGAUGCUGUGGAGAUUGGGCAGCACGGAGAGAAACGAGUCCAUCUAAAGCGCAUUCCAGAUAUUUGGAGGUAAGAAGGCGGACAGAAGGCGCCCGCGGGAUCAACUAUGUCCGGCGGCAAGGAUCGACGAUCCAGGGCGAGCAAAACGCAAGGAUGGGAAGAAGCCGGUGGCGAAUUUUACCAGGAAAGCUAUCCCGCCGAUCUGGAAGGUAUGCAGCGAGAUCCAUCGAAGAUCGCGACCCUGCUACCGUCAAAACAAACGCGAAAUGCCACAACAAGACGCGCCCGACCAGCACAAGGCCAGGACACGAAAGGAGGUACUCGGCGGAGGGCCAGCUUCUCCACGGUCGCUCGCCGAGGUUCACAAUACCACGAGAUGCAGGUGGCCACCCUUCCCGAUCUCUCAGAAAACCUCAUCAACGAGGAACGAACAUGGGAGGAGAUCCGAGAGAUCAAAUCGAUGCCCGUUCCGAUGGCACAGAAGCGAGAGAUGAAGGCUCAACUACAGAACGCCACCAAGCUCCGGCUGCAGGGAUUCGAGCAGAUCAAAUGGCGUCGGCGGAAAGCGUGGCAAAGCUUUCGCGCCAAGUGGGGCGAAUAUCAGACCAAGCUCGAGCUGUGGCGUAUGUCGCUUAAAACGAUCGAGGGUAACUUCGGCACCGGCGUCGUCGCGUACUUUCUCUUCCUGCGGUGGCUUGUCUUUCUCAACCUGCUGCUGUUUCUGCUCAUCUUCGCGUUCGUAGUGCUGCCGCAUUUGGUGCUGCGCGAACCGAGCGACCUGCCGUGCGAUCUCGUGACGGAUCCAACGUCCGUCCAGUGCUGCUCGGAGAGUUACGAGAACGUCACACGCACGGCCCAGUUCUCCGUUCUGGAUCUCAUACAGGGGACGGGUUUCAUGGAGGGAACGCUACUGUUCUACGGCAUGUACACGAACCAAAUCUACGGCUACAGCCCAAUGGAGGAUCGGGCGUAUCAGAGGGCACGUUCGCUGCGUGUAGUAGCGGCCCACAACGCAUCGAGAAGCGGGCUGGAUGCCAGUACGUUAGCGGACAGAGGGGAGGAGAUGGACGAGGAGCGGCAAACGAUUCUGUACUAUGAUUUGCCGCUAGUGUACGUCAUCAUAAUAGCGAUCUACUACGUGAUAACGCUGGUCGCGAUCAUGCGUGCCGUGGUGCGGCAGUUUAAGGAUCGCAUCGCCGAGGGUGAAGGCUUGUUCUACCAGUACUGCAAUCUCGUGUUCGGUGGGUGGGACUUUUGUAUCCACAACCAAAAAUCGGCCGACAUUAAGCAUCGGGCACUGCACAACGAGAUCAAGUCGCUGCUCUAUCAGAAACGCUUCGAGCACGAGCGCAAUAACCGGUCGAGGGAGUUUAUGGUCAAGCUGAUCGCCAUCCGCAUGCUGAUCAAUUUGGUUGUGUUCGUCAUUCUGCUGCUCGCCGCAAUCACGAUCUACGUGCUGUUUAACGUAUCGCUGGCCGAGCUAGAGCCAAACUUUACGCCCUCGCAUCCGGUAAGCUUCGGCGAGAGCAUCGGCAACCGGACGCUGUACAUGAGCUGGCCCUCGUCCUGGUCGGUGUUCUCUUCGGCGUCGCAGCGCGGUGCCAUUACGUUCGCCAGCACCAUCACACCGCUGCUGUCGUCGAUGAACGAUGAUGCAGGUGGCAUGGGAGGCGCAUUCAAUUCCACCGAUCCGACGCUGAACCGGCUUACGCUGGAGGAAAAGCUGCGCGUACUGUUUUACGAGUUCCUGCCGUACUUGGCGAUCGUCUGCAUGAAUCUGGUGGUACCGCAGCUGUUCAACUAUUUGGUGCAGUACGAAAAAUAUUCACCCCUGUUCGUGAUCAAGAUCAGCCUCUUCCGGACGGUGUUUCUACGGCUUUCGUCGCUGGCGGUGCUGCUUAGUCGCUUCUACUUUCUCAUAACGCCUAUGAACGUGACGCAGAAGCUGCUGAUCAAUGCGUCCUCCGAGCAUGGUAUGGAGCAUACCUCCACGAGUACGCUGGCACCAUCGACGAGUACGACGACGACGACGAUGGCAACCACAACGACUACUAUGCCCUCGAUCAGUGCCGCCACCACGCUAGCGUAUCAGAUGUCCGAGCUGAAUGCGUCCUUCGUUGCUAAUCUGACCGCGACUACGAUGUCCGUGCUCAGUACGGUGCUGCUGGAACAGCAACCCGUAGCGGAGUCGCAAACACAGCAGCAGCAGCAGCUACCACCGCAGCAGCAAUGCUACGACGAACAGAACGGUGCACCCCAGUGCUGGGAAACGUUCGUCGGCCAGCAAUUCUACAAGCUGUUCAUCGUCGACUUUGCUACCCAUUUUCUCGUGACGUUCUUUGUCAACUUUCCGCGCGCAAUGUUUGCGCGACAUUCGAGCUCACGGUUGGCAAAGUUCAUCGGCGAGCAGGAGUUCGAGCUGUCCAAGCACGUGCUGGAUGUGAUCUACUCGCAAACGCUUUGCUGGCUCGGCACGUUCUACACACCGUUUCUACCCUCGAUCGCAGCGCUGCUGACGUUUCUGAUGUUUUACAUUAAAAAGUUCGCCUGCUUGGUGAACUCGAACCCGUCGGCGAUACUGUACCGGGCGUCCCGUUCGAAGUCACUGUUCAUGUCCACACUGCUGAUCUCGUUCACGCUCGCGCUGGUGCCGGUAGUGUACGCGCUGGCGGAAAUUGUGCCAUCCCGGUCGUGUGGCCCCUUCCGUGGCCUGCCGUCCGUGUGGGAUCGGGCCAUAGCGGCGUUCAUGAAGAUGCCCCAGUUCUUCCAGAAUGUGAUUUUCUUCUUCGGCACGGCCAGCUUUGCCAUACCGUGUUUCGUGGUGCUGACGUUCUUCAUCUACUACUACUACGCUGUCUCGACGGCCAAUCGGCACAUGGUGCAGGUGUUGAAGCAGCAGCUGGUGCUCGAGGGCCACGACAAACAAUUUCUGCUGAGCCGGCUCAGCCUGUUCAUCAAGCAGCAGCAGGAGUAUCAGAAGCGCAUGAUGCGCCAAGCCGCCGAGCAGCAGCAGCAGCACCAAAUGCAACAACAGUACCAGCCACACUCCGGUUCGGGCAACUCGGCUAACAAUGUGAUACCGCCACCGUCAUCUUAUCAGCAGCCACCGAUCGUGCCACCACCCCGCACCAACAGUCAAUCGCAAGCGUCGGAAGUGACGCCUGCCCUACCGCCCCGGGCCGAUCGCGACUCGAAGCCAAGCAGUCGCGAUCGACCCAAGGAUCUGCCACCGCCUCCAAUACCGGCUGGCGGUGGUGCUGCGUCCGCCGGCAAUAGUAGUACGGGUGCAAACUGAGGAUGGCCUAGGCAUGCGUUUACCAUGAGAUUAACACACACACACACACAUUACAACGUUUGUUCCUUUGAUUGUUUUGUCCUGCCGAGGACAGCGUCUCGAGACGUGUUUGAGACACGCGGCCCCGAUCGUGAUAUUAUAUUCCAACUGUUAGGUUUUUGCUUAUGAUUUUAGACGUAAUUAGAAGGGAAAUUAUUAUUAUUUAUUAUUUUAGCUUUAAGCGCACCGAAAAACCGGGUGUCGAGCAAAAGGAAGCAUUAGCCAUUAGAGGCCAUUCAGUGGUGCAAGUCACGGAUCACAUGCUUCUCCCUUACAAGAUAGUAGAUUAUUAUUUCAUUAUGAUUACGUUUUAAGACACUCCUCGAUACGGCUGUCGCCGAGUAUCGUUCGACAGUAUCGUUCGAGUUUGUAAUACUAAACAGAGCUGCAGAACAUGCAAUGCGCACACGAUCAAAUUCCCGCCUAGUGCGAUGAUCUACGAACAGCUAGGGGGAUAUGGGAUAGAUUUCACUUUUAAAGUGAAUUUGUAAAGAAGUCGCUCCUGAUAGGCAGUCAUUUCCUUAUUUGUCGUACCCUUUGUACAUACCUCUACGUUAGAGCGUAAUUAUCUAUGCGUGUUUGUGAAUAGUUUUAAGUAAACUCAUCGAUCGACACUUUAUUGUGAUUGAUACACACACACACACAACGUGUAUCAUGCUUCUAACUGCUGGCACUGGUAAUAGUCAGAUAUUUUUUUCGGUGUGCAAAUAAUUGUGAGGGGAACGGAGGAUGACGACCAAACCACCAUUCACGGCAGCAUCCUCCGGUGCUCCCCUCCUUUUUGCGUCAAGUGAUGCGUCAAUCAACCAGGAAAAUUGGAUUUUUUAAAAAGCGAACAAGGUAGCGGAUACUGUGGCACAUGAAAAGACUUUGUUUAACUAACCAAAAAUCAUACAUACACUAGGAAAAAGAUCGCACAGAAAAUAUCUACUUGCUAGCACGGAAACGGUGCAUCUACUCGAGUGUGGGUGAACGUGGAUGCCGAUAACGAGACUGCCUAUUUAAAAAAAAAAAAAAACCUUAGUUAGAACGUACGCCAACGGAGACAAGCAAUCAACGGGGAUGCUCAAACACACGCACAGGUGCUUUAUCAACCUCAAUUGCUACGCACACACACACAAUUUGGACGAUUCUUCCAGCAUCUGCUAGUGUUGGUAACAUAUUACAACAAUGCUCAAUAUACGAUAGAUUAGCCUUUUUGGAAUGAUUUACUACAACCACGAACAAUAUACAGAGAGUGAACAGUACCGCUUUGGGGCGGUCCGGUGUCCGAGGCGAUAGCGGCGCCGGUCUUCACACGGCAGGACCGGGGUUCAAAUCCCAACCAGACCGCCUCCCUCCCCGUACGUAAGGCUGACUACUUUUCUACGGGUAAAAUUAAGUCACAGAAAGCCAGAAACCGGCAGGCCGAGACCUCCCGCGAGGUUGUAUAGUGCCAAGGAAGAAGAAGAACAGAACCGAAAUGCAGCAUGCAUCCGGUUUGAUACCUCCACAAAAGCACACGGCAAUGGUGCACCGUUGCAAAUGCAUUGCCAUCGAAAUCAUGGUUAUACAUCAUCCUUUGGUGUUUCGCAGUACUCAAUCAACGGGGUUUUUUUUUUCCUUACUGUGUACAUCCACAUUUUACCCAUCCAAGGAAAAACUAUUGAUAUUACAAACAAAACAAAAAAAACUCUGAUCAUGUAUAAAUCGGCAUACUUCAUAAAUAUCGCUAGUAUAAUAUACGUAACCUACAAUAAGCUUAUGUCGAUGGAUUAAACUAAGAUCUCACUAGGAACAAAAGAUCAAGACAGCAAGGCCGGUUGAUUUUGUAGCAUCGGGUGCGCUCGUAGCACUGGCAACGCGGUUGCAGCAGGACGGAGGACCCAUAAAACAGGCUUUCAGUGCGGGAGUACCGUACCGGAGCUUUAGGUAAAAGAAAUAAAAUAUUCAUUUAACGCGAAA